UUUCGUUAACUUUUCGGUACAGCGAGGACGUACAUUUCUACAAUAUAAUUAAGUGUUUCGAUUGUUCAACAAACGUACUUGUGUCUUGAAUAAUAUUUUUAUUAUCAUAACGUGUUGACGUGUUCCAUAGAACAGUAUGGCUUUAGAAAAAAACGUGAUGCUUACUACUAUGAAUAAAUUGCCGGCUAUUAAGCUCGGCGAAUUCACUUUAGAAUUCGAGUUUGGACCACUCAGCCCGGAAUUGCAAGAAGUUGCUAGAAAAGAACUCAGAGAAACAUCGGAACUUCAAAAGGAAUCCAUGGAAAGAUUUAAAGAAUUAUUGAAAGCCGAAACUGAUUUAAAGUGUCCCUUGGAUAACGAUGCCUGGCUCAUUAGAUUCCUUAGGCCUUGUAAAUAUUACCCUGAUUCUGCUACAAAACUAGUGAAGAAUUAUUACAAUUUCAAGAUUAAACAUGCAGCCAUCUACGAUAACUUGAAGCCAACCAAUGAGAAAAAUAUCUUCGAACAAAACAUUCUGACAGUUUUACCGAAUCGAGAUCAAUACGGCAGAAGAAUAUUAAUUGUCCAACUUGGAAAGAAAUGGAAACACAACAAAUGCAGUCUCGAUGAGAUCUACAAAGGUUGCGUGCUCUACCUGGAAGCGGCUAUGUUAGAACCAACUACACAAGUUGCCGGUGCUGUCGUUAUUUUCGAUAUGGACGGUCUCUCUUUACAACAGACGUGGCAAUUUACUCCACCGUUUGCGAAAAGAUUGGUUGAUUUACUUCAAGAUGCCAUGCCAUUGAGAAUAAAAAAUCUUCACAUUAUUAAUCAGCCAUAUAUUUUCAAUAUGGUCUUUGCCCUCUUUAAACCAUUUCUCAGGGAAAAAUUGAAAAGCAGAAUAAUCUUUCAUGGUACUGAUCGUAAAUCUUUACAUCAGUAUAUACAACCAAAAUGUUUGCCUGAAUGUUACGGUGGCACUUUACAGCUUCCUCUAGUUUCGGGACCUCAAUGGUUAGAGCUUUUAUCAUUGUGUGACAAAGAGUACGAAGCUAUAAACUCGUAUGGAUACAACAAGUAACACAAUCCACGAAUCUCAGAAAAGAUAAUAAGAAAAGAAAGAUUUGUAUAAAGAGAAAGAAGUAUCGGAUCCGAAGUCGUCUUUGGCGAUGACUUUCGAUCGACAAUGACGGCUGUGAAAAUCACAGUUACAUGAUUUUCAUCGAUGUCAUUAUCCACAAAGAGAGUAAUAAGUGUCUUAUUUAUAAUUUUAAUUUUUUUUUUAUUUUCUCUAUACUCACCUUUCCUUUUUGUUAGAUCAUUCACUAAUGUUACACUUCGUUUAUAUCAUGUUAUAAAACGAUUUGAUUGUGCGUUCAUCAAAAUAUAAGAUCACUUUUUAUAUAACAACAAUAACUUUUUUGGUGUACAAACCGCAGUUAGUCAUUACCAUUGCAAAGUUUCUGAUAAUAGAGAAAUCGGCAAGUCCGUUUAUCGCUUAUCACAAAAAUUAUUAUUUCCUGUAUAUGCAAUGUCGUCGUUCUUUAUUCUUUGAUAAAUUACAGAUAAUAAGACUUUUAUCGAAAAAGAAUAUAUAAAUCAUAAUUUGACUACAAAUUAAUAUUCCUUUUUAUAAUUGGUGAAUUAAUUAAUAAAUCAAACUUUAAAGAUUGUUGUGUAAUAUAAAACAUUAAAAAAAAAAGAACAAAAAACAAAGAAAUUAUAUGCAUAAAAUAAUUUCGAUGAACAUAUCUCAUUAAAACAUUUUACGUAGCAUUAAAAUGAUACGACAAAAAUGAAAAUGAACGUUUAUAUUAAUUAACAUGUCUUCUCAUUUCUUGUUAAUGUAUCCGUACUUAAGAGAAUCUGUAAAAAAAGAAAAGAUUUAUUGUUCCGUUAGAAGAAGUAUCAGUAAAGUCAUUAUGACGAGAAUGAUAAUUCUUUUUAAUAAUUAACGUCUAAUUCUAAUAAUCCUAUUAUACUAUUUAAUUACGAAUGGAAAUACACAUUGUCAAUUUUAAAACGUAAUCGAAAAUAUCUGAAAUGCGAUAUAUCCGUAGGAUUUAAGCCAAAAUAUUGAAAAGAAGAUGAUGUUGCUAUGUUUUUGUUUAUAUAUAAACUAAUGAAAAAAAUUCAA